UCGACGAACGGUUGCAACGAUUAAUCGAUGUAGCUUUCCGUGCGGAAAGAAUUUACGGUAAAAAAGCAAAGAGAUGAGCAUUUUUAAUAAAACACAAAGUCAACAAUAUUUUUAAUUAUACAAUUUCCAUUGCAAAGAGGGGAUAAAGCUUUCGAAACAACUUCUACCAUUUACGGUACGUUCAAGUGGCUAGCAGUGCACCAUAAACACAGCAGGACAGCGCAUCUGUCACAACAAAUAUGGCUAUUUAGCAAAACGCCAGAAAAUAGUGAAAAUAUUAUCUAAAAAUUCGUAAAUAUAAUCCUUGUAAAUUUGUUUCGUGCUUUAAAAACAACCCCGGUGCAACCAGCGUGUACGGGCAGUGUAAUCGCACAGACAUUCGACUGGCGAGGCUUUCGGGAGUAUUCGCAGCAAUUGUGUAUUCCGUUUCACCGUCGCUCUAUACGAACUGACUCUCUCUGGUUGUACUGCGAAGUGUUACGACGGAAGUAGCAGAAGCACCCGAAAACCACCAACAACAAAGCGAUCGAGCGACCAGCAGCAGCAGCAGCAGCAGCUUUACACCUUCGGAAAUCGGUGGUUUCCGUGGAAGCUGUGCGCGCGCGUUACUGUCCCUAGUGUUUCUCCUGCAUUUUCCUGUCCUGUAACUUAAUCGUACAAUAAGCCUGCAGCGAUGAUUAAACUUUUCUCCCUCAAACAACAAAAGAAAGAUGGUGAAGCAACACCGAAGGCCGGAGGCCAGAAGAAAACUUUCACUGCUGCACAGCUGCGAAUCACGAAAGAUAUCAAUGAGCUAAACCUUCCGAAGACGUGCGCCACCGAGUUCCCGGACCCGGACGAUUUGCUAAACUUUAAGCUCAUCAUCUGUCCGGAUGAGGGCUUCUACAAGGGAGGUCGUUUCGUGUUCAACUUUAAGGUUGGACCGAACUACCCCCACGAACCACCGAAGGUCAAGUGUGAAACCCAGGUCUACCAUCCAAACAUAGACCUUGAGGGUAACGUCUGUUUGAACAUUCUGCGCGAAGACUGGAAACCGGUACUGACGAUCAACUCGAUCGUGUAUGGAUUGCAGUACUUGUUCUUGGAACCGAAUCCGGAGGAUCCGCUCAAUCGGGAAGCAGCUGAAGUGUUGCAAACCAACCGACGCCUGUUCGAGCACAACGUUUUCAAAGCGAUGCGCGGUAACUAUAUUGGCGCGACGUACUUCCAGCGCUGUCUCAAGUGAUAUAUAAAUUCGAAAUUAACCCUUACAUGUUGCGUUUAUUUAAUUAUUCUUACGAUUGGUGGGCGCUAUUAUAUAGACUUUAAUUAUAAUUAAAAACAAAGGCCACGAACAAGCAAGCAUGGUGGCUGCGAGUCGAAAAUGCCCCCCCUCCCCCAGGAACAAGGCGUGUUUGCAAAGACCCACAAGCAGAAUACAAAAUCAAGCCCCUAACUGAACCCAGAAGAUCCUACACCUAACGCAUGCACGCAUAGUAGCAAACAGUAAAGCAAAUAUGUAAGGAACAAGGAGUUGCAAAGGAACAUUAAAAAAACCCCCACACACACACACACAAAACAAACGUUUGUGUGCACCGGAAAGCAGCAGCUGCAGGUUUGGCCUUGUAGAGAUUGUGAUGAAAUUGCGUGAGGAGUGAACUUAUAAUACAGGAACAUGGAGAGCACCUUGUUUAGAUAGCUUAACAAACAUGCAGGAAGCUCAGCUCAAAACAUAUGACUACACUGGGGAAUGUUCUGUUCGAAGCUAUUAUUAGUAGUUGUAGCUUGCGAAAAAGGGGUAAAACAGUAGACAACACAAUCCACACACACACACACACACCCUCUUAAAACACGUCUUAUCUGUACAAUAUCUAUCUAAAAGCGUUAAAAGCGAGCGCGUUUGUUCUAUAGACAGAUCGAUGGGCCACGCAGCACAGCGGUUACAUCUGUCGAUCAUGGCACAAUUUCUUGCGGCUCCUUAAAGAAGGGGAGGUGAAUCGAGUUGCAGAACAAAAACAAAAACACUUGAUAAAUAGCUGAGUUUAGUCUCUUUAGUGAUAAUAACGAACGAUUGUGUCUCCACUCUCGCAUUAAUAUGCCGUCGUCUUUAGUGGGUUAGUGGCUCUAUCCGUAACCGUGGAUUAGUGUGUAGAAGAGAUUCAACCAUGCAGAACGUUUCGCAAUCCUCGUUAUAUACUCUUGAGUUUGGACUGUGGACUGCUGCCAUUUGUUGAGUACGGUUCUGCUGCAAAUUGCCAUUUGCCAACCAUUUUUUUGAAUCGAAAUUCGAAGAGCAACUCCAUCCCUUACAAAAUACAAUAGAGAUGAAAUUGAUACAAGUUGGACACACCAAUCCGAUCGCUCCCAGAUUAUAAAUGCAAAAAAGAAGAAGAAAAAAAACAACUUGGCAUAAACAAUACCUAGGAUAAUGAACAAAAAAAGAGAAAAUAAAUUAUGAAAAUAGGAAA